CAACAUUCAUACAGAACGAACAAAAAUAAAAGUGAAGUGUGAAAAAAUAUUUUGCAGGAGUGUGUUAAUGGAAGAAGGGAAAGGAAGAGUUUGUGUGACUGGAGGUACAGGGUUUCUUGGUUCAUGGAUUAUUAAGAGACUUCUUGAAGAUGGUUACACUGUUAAUGCCACUGUUAGAGAUGAUCCAGACCGCAAGAAAGAUGUUAGCUUCCUCACAAAUCUUCCAGGUGCAUCUCAAAAGCUAAUAUUCUUCGGUGCUGAUCUAAGUAUCCCAGAAAGUUUCAAUGCAGCAAUUGAAGGGUGUUCAGGCAUAUUCCACACUGCAAGUCCAAUGGAUAUGGAAAUGAACGAAUCAGAAGAAACAGUGACAAAAAGAACAAUUGAUGGAGCAUUAGGAAUUCUAAAAGCAUGCAAAAAUUCAAAGACCGUGAAGAGAGUUAUUUACACUUCAAGUGCUUCAGCAGUGUAUUGGCAAGAUAAAGAUGACAAUGUAAUGGAUGAGAGUUAUUGGAGUGAUGAAAAUAUUCUUAGAGAUUUGAAACCAUUUGGUUGGUCGUAUUCAAUUUCUAAAACAAUGGCAGAGAAGGUUGUUCUAGAGUUUGGAGAACAACUUGGUUUAGAUGUUGUGACUAUAAUACCAACUUUAGUUGUUGGAUCCUUCAUUUGUCCUAAGCUUCCUGGAUCAAUCUAUACUUCUCUAUCUUUGUUAUUUGGGGACAAGAAUCCAUUUGGCUUCUCUCAUCUCCCUAUGGUGCAUGUUGAUGAUAUUGCAAGAGCACAUAUAUUUCUGCUUGAGCAUCCUAAUCCAAAAGGGAGAUAUAAUUGCUCACCAUUCAUGGCAAAUAUUGAAGAAAUAGCUCAACAUAUUUCUUCCAAAUACCCUGAAAUUCAUAUACCAACACUGGAGGAGCUUAAGGAUAUUAAAGGUGACAAGCUCCCACAUUUAACCUCAAAAAAACUCAUGGAUGCUGGAUUCGAGUUCAAACACAGCCUUGAGGAAAUGUUGGACGAUACAAUUCAGUGUUGCAAGGACAAGGCUUAUCUUUGAUUAGAAAAAAUAAAAGGGUUAUAUGAGUUAUCAAAGUUUUUUUAGCUUGUUUUGGUGUCUUCUCCGUCAAACCUAGGAUUGAUUGGUGGUGGAAUCCGAAUGAGUGUGGGAAUUUGGCUCAAUUGUGGUGAUGAGAAGUUGAAGUGUUGUUUGUGGUGUUGAGAAGGUGAGGUAUUGUUGUUAGGGGUUUGAGCGGGUGUGAUGAUUUUCUUGAGUGGCUUUGGUGUGAGUAGCGGGUGAUAGGUGUUUGAAUUUUGUUUAUGUGGCCAUUCAUGAGGGAGUGUAAGGUUUUGGCUCACAUUUUGGUUUAUGUUGGUUGCAUAGGAGUUUAACUUGGUUUUCGUGUUGAUUUUGUUUUGGAGGUUUGUUUUUUAUUGGUGUUUAUGAUGUACGGUGUAUGCAUUUCCUUUUGGAUGUU